GAAAUUUGUUAAAUUUGUGACUUGGGAAUGAUAUAACAGAUUAUAAUCAUUGAAAGCACUCAUCACUGUAAUUUUAUUAAUUUUCAAACCAAACAUCCCUAGAUCCUGUCCUGAACUCCUUUCCUUUGCUCUCGCGAAAACUGGAUUUCCUUUGGGCGUCGCCGACCACCGCUACCUCCGCCGAGAAGACAGGUGCCAUGAAUCCGCCGCACCCAGAGCCCGGCCUUCCCCGCCGCCACCGCCACCUUGUCCGCCUCCACCUCGACCCUGGCCACCACCAUGUCCACAUCCACCUCUGCCACCACCACCACCUCGCCCACCCGCUCGCUCCCGCGCCGCCGGCCCACCGCCACCACCACUACCACCAGCAGCAGCACCCGGCUCCCGUGUUCUUCCCCAACGCCUACCCGACCGCGGCGCCCUGGCAGCCGUAGCCGACUCGCGCCGUCGCGGAAAUGACGGAGGAUUUGGAUCCCGAGCCGGCGCUGCACGCGGAGCAAGCAGAGGAAGAAGAGGAGCCCGUGUUUGUGCUAACGGACGAGUGGGCCGAAUUAUUCGCGAAAUCCGAGGCCAAGAGGAGACUGGGCAACUGUGCCGUCCGAUUCACAGCUAAAAAGACGAAGGAGGAGGAGGAGGGCCGGAAGUGAACGAACUAGCUGUGCCGUCAGAGACUCCAAAGCUCGGGAAUAGAACUGAGAACACAACGGAUUAUUACGUCACUGCUGUCAUCAAACGUAGAAUCAUUUGAGUCAAUUAUCAGGGGCGGAUCCAGGGGUGUGCUGGGUGUACUGCAGCACCCCUGCGAGCUUACAACUUCUCAUAUAGCUUCUUUAGGGAGAGAAGGUGAUGUAGGAGGAGAUGAAAGAGAAGGAGAGGACCA